UUAAGCAGAGUUCGACAGCUAAAGCAAGAAAUAUUGCCGUUUGCCAUCUUGGGCCUUUCGGAAGCAAAUCCAGAUCCAAGAAUGGACAUUAUAACCUAUGAUGAUUUCUCCAGUCCACCGCUUCAGAGAUAUUGAGAGGAAACCAGAAUACCUCCAGCCAGACAAGUGCGUUCCGCCUCCUACCCGCAGUUCGUCAGGAACAAUGUGGUUUAUUCGCGAUGGCUGUGGUAUCGCCUGUGGGGUCGUCACCUGGUUUCUGGUCUUCUACGCUGACUUUGUAGUCCUCUUUAUUAUGUUGAUUCCGUCAAGAGACUAUAUUUACAGUGCGAUCAAUGGAGUAGUUUUCCAUACAUUGGCAUUCCUGGCUCUGACUUCGCAUCUUCGAGCUAUGCUAACAGACCCGGGUGCAGUGCCCAAAGGUAAUGCUACAAAAGAGUUCAUAGAGAGUUUACAGCUGAAACCAGGGCAAGUGGUUUACAAGUGUCCAAAAUGCUGUAGCAUUAAACCUGACAGAGCACACCACUGCAGUGUUUGCAAGAGAUGUAUUCGGAAAAUGGAUCACCAUUGUCCGUGGGUUAACAACUGUGUAGGAGAGAAUAACCAGAAGUACUUUGUACUGUUUACAAUGUAUAUAGCGCUGAUAUCCCUGCAUGCCCUGAUCAUGGUUGGAUUUCACUUCCUGUAUUGUUUUGAAGAAGACUGGACAAAGUGCAGUUCUUUCUCUCCGCCGACUACUGUGAUACUUCUUAUUCUCUUGUGUUUUGAGGCUCUCCUCUUUCUCAUCUUCACAUCUGUAAUGUUUGGAACGCAGGUACAUUCCAUCUGCACAGAUGAAACGGGCAUUGAGCGGCUGAAAAAACAGGAGCCCACUUGGGAAAGAGUCGUCGGCUGGGAAGGGAUGAAACUGGCUUUCGGGGGUGAAUUUUCGCUGCGGUGGUGCAGUCCUUGCGCAGACCUGGGUUGUGAGAAGGCUCCACCAUCAGGGACAGCAACGGUUGCGCCAUCCGAGAGGGCAGCUCAGGAAGCUUUUGAGCAGCUUUCUGAUCAAGAGUUUGUUGUGCAAGUGUGUUAAAGGCAUAGUGCUAAGUGCCCUUAACAAUGUCUGUGUACUUUUGAAAUCUGUGCACUUGAGACUUAGCUUUAAGGGACCAUGAUGCAUGAAGCCACUGAGGCUACGGCGUUCCCCAUAGCCAAGGACCAUACUAAAGUAAAGCAGUGCAACCAAAUUCCCAUGAUGCCCAUCUGCUGAUGAUGACAACAGUUUAACUG